GUUCUCCUGACUUCAGUGUGGCUUGCUUCCUCCAAGUAAAGGCGCAGGGUCCGCAGCCUUGGCCAGAGAUCUGGCCCCGUGAAGCGCUGUGCUCAUUCCCUGCCGUCGUCACAUUCACCGGCAAGUCAGAUCGGAUGCGUUAAGACUGAAAGCCUAUAUGUGCACAUCUGCUUAAGAGUAAGUUCCAUUGGGACUUACUCUGGAAACACAUACGUAAAACCGAAAUGUAAUGUAAGCCUCCCAGAUGUUCCCUCAGUUUCCUUCCUGCCGCUUUCUGUGACCAGCCUAGAUCAUGCGUUCGAGAUUCUUAACCAGUAUUCCGUUCGUUCCUUCGUUCCUUCGCGCGCUCUUUCUCUCCUUUUGCAGCACAAACAUCCCCUGAAACAGCCGCAGCGGAGGGAGGAGGGGGCUUCACGAGACCAGCCCGGCGACAGCCGCGUGCCACCCUCCAAAUCUGCCAUCUGAAUUAAGAGAGCGCGCGCUCUGUCUUGGCUUGCCCUGCCCGCACUCCAGCCACCGCGGGGGGAGCGGGGAAGAAGACGGGCUGCUUCGGCUAAAGACCUUUUGCGUUACAGGCGAGGGUUAACCGUGGCGGUAGUGCCAGAGGAGUCGCCGGGCGAGCUGAGUGAGAAUUGCUCAGCCGACGGAGCUGCUGGCCAGAAACGGCAACAGCUGCACUCUCAGCGAGAAGGAGCCACCGUGCGUGUGGGGGAAAAGAGCUUCCACUGCGGAUUGAGACGGUACAAAGCCGACGGGGCCUGAAAAUGGGCGACGGGGACAAAAAGCGCCUGACAGCAGCCCGCUCUGGUGAAGGUGGGAUGACUCCGCUGCGCAUCCCGGCUUGACCCGAGGGACGCCGAGUGAAAAGAAGGCGCUGUGUGGCGCCGGUGUUGCAGAGGGCAAAGCUGCACCUGUAGGCGUGGCCAGCAUCUCAGCUCCUCGACACUUUUAAAGGCGGCUGCCGCGAGGACGACGCUUGCUUUGGCGGGGGCAAAGCUACAAGUGCGAGGGCAGGCAGCAGCGCGCGUGCCUCCGCGUGAAGUUGGCUGCGGGCAGGGAGGCAGUGCGCGCUGUCGCCCUUUCCACUCCGUUGGCUGUGAACGCGACCGACGGUUCUUUCCCUUGUUUGAGUUUUCGGAGGUGGUGGAGGAGUCAUUUGUCCUCCUCGGGCAGAAGCUGCUGACGGCUUAUUCGCGACCUCUCGCUGUCUUCGUCCCCCCCCCCUCCCCCCGGUCUGUAGAAGGAUGUCCUCUGUUUUCUUGCCUUUGUGGAGUUAACAGCUCGGUGUCCCCUUACUCCGUUUGUGGGCAAGGAGCCCUCAUUUGGGUGACUUCUGGGUAUGUUCCUCCUCAGCACCUGUGGGCUGACUUCUGAAGACGUGGCUCACUGACGCGAGGUUUAACUCCAAGGCAUCGUGCAGCCGCCUUCUCUUCCUAUACCGUUUGAUCUUAUUUGACGGGAUUUUCUGUAAGAGGGCGAGGGCGGGGGAGAACUAUCCCUCUUUAAAAAAUUGGACACCAAACUAAACAAAGACGUCUUUUAGUCCUGCGGCUGCUGUUUUGUUUUAAGUUUAGGUCUUCCCAAUGAAUCUUUGUCAUCGGAGGAACUACAACCCAAGAGGUCGUUGCCCGCUCUAGCGUCCCGUUUUGCUUGGCUGGGCUGAAGAUGCUUCCUGCAACACCACAGGGUGGUUGUUGAUGCUGAGCCGCUGUGGCGCUUGGAAGAUGUUUCUCUUUGGGAUUACACGUGGCGAAAGGCGGUCAGUCGAAGGGAGAGGUGGCUGGUGAGACUUACCUGAUGCUCUUUGGCUUUGGGGACGUGGUGGCUUCAAUGGCUCCAUCUCCCAGGAGAAGCAGCGGGAAAGAUGCUAACGCUCUGCCAAGCGCAUCCUCAACUUUCUGGGCAAUUAUGAUCUUGGUUGGUCUCCUGAUAGCCUACUGCAGUCAAUUGGCUGCAGGUACAUGUGAGAUUGUUACUUUGGACAGAGAUAGCAGUCAGCCCCGAAGGACUAUAGCCCGACAAACAGCUCGUUGUGCAUGUAAAAAAGGACAGAUUGCCGGUACAACGAGAGCAAGGCCAGCCUGCGUCGAUGAAAAAAAGAAGGAGCAGCACUGGCUUUCAGGAGAAUGCCUUGUCAAUUUCCACACUGGCAACAAGUAUCGUAGAGAGCUGCCAAGAUGCUCUUUCCUAAGCUGUAAAGAGCUUUUUCAUGAUCACAACUGCCUAGGGAAAGUGUUUCAGCCAGGAAGGACAAGGGAGACUGCCAUUUUUCUGUUUGCCCAAGGACACUUGCUACUUGCCCUAGAUGCGACAGCUUCUUUGCUGACUCUUUGGUUUGUUGUGAUGGACUGCUGGCCCAUUUCACGCAUUAUAAAAACAAAACAGUGGUGUGAAAUGCUUCCAUGUUUAGAAGGAGAAGGCUGUGAUUUGCUAAUCAAUAAAUCAGGCUGGACCUGUACACAACCAGGUGGGCGGAUAAAGACAACUACGGUCUCCUGACAAAUGCAACAACAGAGAAGCCUUGUAGGAGUUUUUAGGCUCUGUGUGGGCUACAUUCCCUAGUCAAGUUUCACCGCUGUGGAUCAUCAUCCAUUAUAUGUCAUCAAUUCAACUGUCUAUUUCUCUGUAUUUCAUCAAAGACAGCAUAAUUAUGAGCUGAGGUCUGUUCUACCAUACUAAAGUGCACUGGAAUAAGGAAAAAAGAUGUAAGAAAAAUGCUUGGGCAUUAGCAAUACAAAAAUUAAAAUAAAAAAAUACCACAAACCACCCACCAGUUCAUGGUCAACAUCUCAUCUGCGUUAUGCGUAUGCGCCACUGCUGGACUUGAACUAUGGUCAUGUUUUAAUCUGAAGAGUCAACUACACUGGAGAGUAUUCAUCCCAAUCAGCCUUAGAGAAGACUGUUUUGUUUACGGGAGGACGCUAAGGUGCAGAAGAGAAUGUCUUCUUGUGCCCUAGACUGCCUGAAUUGCUUUUAUUUUCUUAUGUUUCAUUAUAUACAAUAGACCAAAGAGCAAAAUCUAUUUUAAAGUGGACACAAUGUUACUGUUAACAAGGUUAUUUGGGUUCAGCAGUAUGGGGACCAUCCUGCACGAAUAUGACUCACCCAGUGCUGCAUUGUCGCUGUCCAGCAAAAAUCUGUAUGGAACACUGCGGAAAAAGCUGGAACUGCUCUUGGAAAAAAGUACAUUAAACAUCACAAGGGAACAUGGAGAGAAAAUGACCGUUCUUCAACAAGCAAACAGAACUUUGAUUAAAAACAACACAAACUGUCUACGCACCACCUUUACUCCUCUGUGCUUAGAUUGACUUCUCGUACUAAAAUCAUUUUGAGUUUAACCUGUUCAACAUGCCUCUUCUAUGGUUCCAUUUUUGAUUGUUGAAAGUUGGAUAAUACAGUAUUUGCAAAGAGCAUGUUCGGUCAUCUGUGGCCUAUGUCUCAUCUGAUACACCAUUUAGCACCCGAAAGCAAAUCCAAGGGGGGGAAAGUAACACUUGUUUGAAAGAGAUCAUUAAAUGUAUUUUGAAAAGCCUAAAGUUAUAUAUUUAACAGUUUUUAUAUGUUGUAUAUUUGUAGAAAAUCCUAUUUAACAAUUAACGUGGUAACUCUGACAGUCAUGACAAAAAAUGGUUCAGAGUUAAGUUGUUGUUUUAUUACUUCAGUUGUCUCUGAAGUGACUGGUGUAGUUUGCUUUCUUCCAUUGGGACAUUCUGGAUGUAAAGCAUGACCAGAGAGGACUCUGUAGAAAAAGCAAAGAACAAUGUUGUUUAUAUUACAUAAAUGCAUUCAACCAUUGCACUGUUGGAAGGCUUUCUCUCUCUCUUCUUUUGUUACUUUUUUUUUCCUGAGGGGGUGGUCUUUUAUCUACCAGUAAAACAGUGUAAAAUAUUUUAAUCAUUUGCUUUCCAUAUUAUGUUCUUCUUCUUUGUCCUUGAAUUCGAUAUAAAAGUCAAUUUGCAGCUUGUUCCUUGAACUAGGUGUAGUUUGGGUUCAGGGUUCCUUUUGUUUGGUUUGGUUUUUACCUCAUCCUUUAGAAAGUCCCCUUCUUCACCAUGAUAGAGUAGUGAAAAAUUAAAGAAGAGUGCUAUUUAAGAAACAAAAGGAAAGAAGAUAGAAUAAUGCAGUACCUUUUUGUCAAAAGUCUGGCUGAUAGUGGUAUAGUGAGGUCAACAAAUGGGCUGUUCUCCUUCCUGACAAAUAUCUUCCAAUGUUAAACUUUUUCCAAAUGUCCACUGUAGUAUACUACCUAAAUACUCCAAUUAACUUUUAAUAUUAUGCUAGUUCUAUGCUACUAAAGAAAAAAAUAUAUAGAGAUUGUUUGAGCAACCAUAGAUGAGAGGUAUGAAAAAGAAGUUCAUUUAUUUAAGACCUCUUCUGAUUUUCAGGAUUAUUUUAAUACACAGGUUGAGGAAACCAUGAAUUAUAGGUGACAGUGUCUAUGAAUAAAACAUGUGCAUAGAUAGUCUUAUUUCAUUAUAAGGGUUUUGAUCAGUGUCCAAGUAGCAAUUAAAGCCCAGCCAUUUUAAAGGUAUUAUGAACUGACUGCACUAUAAAUGACCAAUGCCUGAUUUAAAGUGUCAUGCAAUAAAUGAUGGUAGAUACUUCACCUGUAUUACAAAAACUGGAGAGCCAGAUCCCUCACUCCACUGACUUUCUCUUCUGUUAUGGUUUAUUUUUGAAGGGAGUGUAGUAGCCUUAUUUAGUAAAUACUGAACAAAAAUUAAAAUGUUUCAAAAAUUUUGUUGCUUUACAGUAUUCAGUUUUGUGUUGGUUCAGCUAAAUUAUGAAAAAAAAAUAAAGAAAAUCCUUUUAUAAGUCA